AUGAAUAGUCACGGUACAGAACCGCCUGAUAGGCAGCAAUUCAGUGACAUUACAUUACAAAAUCAAUCGAUUUUGUGUGGAAUGAAAAUCAAACAGGAGCCAACCAUUAAACAAGAGAAUGAAGUCUCCAACGAAAUAUUGAUGGUGUCGCGGUCAGCACACACGGCCAUUGGAUCGCUUGACAAUUCGAUUGGUGGUACAGAAAUGACUGACACCGGCGUUCACUUUGAUUUCUACGACUUGGAUGAGGUAAAAUCGGAAGUAAAGAUUGAAAACGUCGAGAUUGGGGCGAAACAAGUUCCAGGAAGAAGCUUUGGCAAAGAACAAACGCCACAAAGCAUUCCAAAGAAGCAUCUUUCCAAGGACAAGAAUCAGAAGUCAAGUGGGUUGAAUGGCGGUGCAGCUAUAACCGGGAAAAAUAGCAAAGCCAACAGUUUUGAUGACAAGGAUAAGCUAACUGAAGGCAAUGCGAAUGAAAAGCGACACAAGUGUUUAUUAUGCGAUUAUGUCACCGACUUUACAACCGAUUUGAAAAGACACAUUUUCAAGCACACCGGCGAACGACCAUUUCCAUGCAGCGUGUGCCAAAAACGAUUCACCCAAAAACAACAUCUCCAAUCGCACAUGAAAACACACGUCGAUGAAUUUCUGUUCAGCUGCUCAAAUUGUUCGCAAGGAUUUCAUCACAGCGAGGGGAAAGUGGAACAUGAAACCGGUUGCAAGGUGCGUCGCUACGUGUGUCAUCUCUGCAAGGAAUUCUCUAGUUUGCAUAAGACGAAUUUGGAAGUUCAUCUGCGCGUGCAUACCGGCGAGCGACCAUUCGAAUGUGACCAAUGCUCAAAGACAUUCAAUCAAAGAAGUAAUUUGAUAUGCCACCGCAAUUCCCACGCCAAUCCUCGUCCAUUGAAAAUCAAGUGUUCAUCUUGCUUCAAAAACUUCGCCCAACAGAAGGAAAAGGAAAAUCAUGAAGAUAACUGCAAGCGUCGCGGAUACCGAUGCGAUUUGUGCAAGAGCUAUACAACUGAUAAGAAAACACAUUUGAUGGAGCACAUGCGAAUCCACACUGGCGAAAAACUAUACCGAUGUGAGGUAUGCUCGAAGUGCUUCUCGCAAAAGGCACAUCUCAGUCAACACAAAAAAUAUCACAAGUAG